CAAACCAAACAAAAAACCCAAAAGAGCCUUCCCAUCCCCCCAGGGUCACUCCAUUUCCCACCUCCUCCUGGGCUUAUAGCCUCCUGUCCUCUUUCUAGGCUCUAUUUGGCCCCUUAUUUCAGCCCCAGAGCCCCCUCCUCCGGGUACCCCCCCCCCAGGGUGAUCACUCAGUGGACAGCCUCUACCCCUCUCUUCCGGCCUGCCCUUACCCCUAUCACUGAUUGGUUGUGCCCGUUUAUGGCUGCCGCCCGCUGGGUGUGCCUUGGCCUCAGGGGGUCCCGGUGUGGCCUGAGCCAGGCUCAAAGGGGAUGGCCAAACUAGGGGGUGGGUUCAAGCAGCAGUGCAUCCCUCUGUCACCAGAGGGCGCAGGCGCUCCGCAAAUCGCGAUCAGUCAGCUCCCAACUAGGAAACCGUGCAUGUGGUUCUGCUCCGAGGAGACUGAGGUCCACAGACGGUUUACCGCCCCAAGGGCACACCGCAGCCUUGAAUCCGGGGAUUCCGUGAGCUUCCCCGGUACUCGGCCCUGUCUGUGAGAGGAAGAGUUAGGCCUAGAGGACAAGUAGGAGUUUGCGGAGGCGGGGGAGGGAGGGCAGGUGCUGAAGGUUUGGAAAGGAACGUCGGGGCAAAAGCGCUGAGGCGCAGCCGACUGGCAGUGUCAGGAGCGCGCUGAUGACUCGGGAGAGAGGCUCUGGGAGGGGUCGAGUAGGGGCUACACCGUGAUUCAUGCACAACCCUCUGAGGUCGGGAAUGAUUUUCUUCUGGCUCUACAAACGUGGAGACUCAGGCUCCAAGUGGUUGUCACUAGCCCGGGUCAGCCAGCUGAGCGGGUUUCAAAUCAGAGGAGGGGGCAGUAGGCGCCCGAGUGGAGGGAGGCCCCAUCCACUUCUUCCUCCCUCCCCCAUUGCACAGGGCGCGGGAAACUGAGGCCCGAGGUAGUUAGUUCUAGGCUCUCAGGGCCUCGAUUGGGGCCUGGCUGUUAACACACCCUUCCAGCUCGGGCUGGACGUGCAUCGAGUCACGUCUGCAAGUGGCGGCCGGUUGAUGAUUAAACCGACGGCAGAAUGCUCUUGCUGGGUGACCUCAGGCCCGAGUCCUCCAGGCCUCAGUUCUUCCUCUUGACCCCCGGAGUCUGAGAGAUACUUGCUCUGUCCCGCAGUGCUUUAGUCUCACCCCAGGGUGCACUAGGGUAAAGGGCAGCGGGUCGCGAGCCUGGGCUGUUGUUAUUUUGCUCCACGCGUGGGCGGAGCCACGCCUCUCGGCGCGCCAUUGGCGUAUUCCUCUCCGGGGGCGGGACCUGCGUCUCGCCCCGCCCCUCCCUGCCGUAUAAAUGCGGCGCCGGCGCAGGCAGUGAGGAGUUUCUGGCCUGAUCAGCGAGUGCGCCUGCGCGCGCCUGGUGGGUUCGCGUUCGCAGGCUGCAGCGUCCGCACCUCGCGCCUCCGCGUCGCGGGUUCGAAGCCAGGGACAGCGCGCCGCGAGUUCGUAUCCCAGCCGCGAUGCUGUUCGACAAGGUGAAGGCGUUGGUGGUGCAACUGGAUGGUGCGAACGCGGGCGCCGAGCCCGUGUUCAGCGGCGGCCAGGCGGUGGCCGGCCGGGUGCUGCUGGAGCUGGCGGGCCCGGCGCGCGUGGGCGCCCUGAAGCUGCGCGCGCGGGGUCGCGCCCACGUACACUGGACCGAGUCGCGCAGCGCGGGCUCGAGCACCGCGUACACGCAGAGCUACAGCGAGCGCGUAGAGGUUGUGAGCCACCGUGCCACACUACUCGCGCCAGACACCGGAGAGAUGACAACGCUGCCUCCUGGACGCCAUGAGUUCCCAUUCAGCUUCCAGCUGCCACCGACGCUAGUGACUUCAUUUGAAGGCAAACAUGGCAGCGUCCGAUACUGCAUCAAAGCCACCCUGCACCGGCCCUGGGUCCCUGCCCGCCGGGCAAGGAAGGUGUUUACUGUUAUCGAGCCUGUGGACAUCAACACACCGGCUCUGCUGGCCCCUCAAGCGGGAGCUCGGGAGAAGAUCGCCCGAUCCUGGUACAGUAACCGUGGCCUUGUCUCCCUCUCAGCCAAGAUCGACCGCAAGGGCUAUACACCAGGUGAGGUGAUCCCCGUCUUCGCCGAGAUCGACAACGGCUCCACGCGCCCAGUGCUGCCACGGGCGGCCGUGGUCCAGACACAGACCUUCAUGGCGCGAGGUGCCCGCAAACAGAAACGAGCAGUGGUGGCUAGUCUCUCAGGGGAGCCUGUGGGCCCCGGGCGGCGGGCACUGUGGCAGGGCCGGGCGCUGCGGAUCCCUCCUGUGGGUCCUUCUAUUCUGCACUGCCGCGUGCUACACGUGGACUACACCCUCAAGGUAGAGUAUCCUCGGGGGCUGGGGUGGCUGCGUCUGCUCUGUCCUCCAGGCUGGGGGUCCCCCCGCCCCCCAUCAAGGCCUCCUGUAGAAGGAGGGUGUGGCCGAGGCUGCCUGGGCACCCUCUGUCAUGGCUCCUUCCUCCAGGUCUGCGUGGACAUCCCGGGCUCAUCCAAGCUGCUCUUGGAGCUGCCGCUGGUCAUCGGCACCAUCCCUCUGCAUCCUUUCGGCAGCCGCUCGUCCAGCGUGGGCAGCCAUGCCAGCUUCCUGCUGGACUGGGGACUGGGGGUCCUGCCAGAGCGACCUGAAGCACCUCCCGAGUACUCAGAUGUGGUGGCCGACGAGGAGGUGGCAGCCAUGGAGCAGAGCCCCUUCCGACUACUGCAGGACCCUGACGUGGGUGUUGAAGGCCCCUUCUUUGCCUACAUCCAGGAGUUCCGCUACCGCCCGCCACCCCUGUACUCCGAGGAGGAUCCAAACCCACCCUCAGAGGCCAUGAGGCCCCGCUGCAUGACCUGCUGAGUGGCAAGUGGAAACUUCAAGGGAUGAGGCUGUACACGUGCUUCCAGCCAGCGUGGACAUGAGCGAGGAGUGGCUGGAUCGAGAGCAGACCAGCCUGACUGCGCUGAAGUUGGGGAAACCGAGUCUCAGAACGGGGCAGGGCCAUUCCAACAUCACACAGAGCAGAGGAAGAGACUCCCAGUCUGGAGUCUGACAUAUCUGGACUGGUUCUCAUAAGGUAUCAAAUGCCCACCAUAAGAUCCGAGAGACUGUUCAACCUGUCUGUGCCAGCCUGUGGUCCCCCAGAAGCCUCCAGUCUGGGAGAGACAGAGCCAGACAUAAAUACUUCCAGGCCCAUAGGACCAGAGGAAGGGACCAAGAGCUGGGAGAGUCCAAAGGGGGAGCAGGAAGGCUUCCUGGAGGAAAGGGCAUUUUAGCUGAGGCUUUGGUGCAUGAAUAAGAGCUCGGAGGGCAGGCAAGCAAGCGGAAGGAAAAGUCGAAGAAGGUCAGAGCUGAGUGAUGUUUGGAGACUGCCCCCUUCAUCUUAGAACUGGGGCUCAGAGAGCAAGUGCCUCAGUCGAGGCCACACUGCAAGGUCCGGCAGGCGAGAGGGCCCAGGAAUGAGGCAUUCAGGGAAGCAGGUCAUCAGAGCUGUGUGGGGCAACAGGGCAACAGGGGCAGCGACUCCAGCCUUUGAAACCUUUGAAAGCCAGAGAUUCCUGGCCCAGGCUAGGCUGCCUGGGGGCCCCUCCACACACUCCAGGACGUGAGAGCUGCCUGGGUAUUGUAUGGCCCGAGAAACCCAGGUUCAGAGUGGGACAGACAAGACCGGCUCCAUCACUUGCAAAAUGAAGAUGUGGGGCCCCUUGUUCAAGAAUUCAGAAUUUCAAGAUGGUGACAGCAGAACAUUAAACCAGGCUGUGGGGACAGAGGUCAGCCUGGGGUGACACAGCAGGGCCAGUGUGCUUCUUCUGGGCACCCCCUGUGUCCUGGAGGGACAAAACAUAAUGGGGCAGCUGGACAAGCCCCCAAGUGCAGAGUCCCAGCCCGGGCUGAGGCAGGACCCUCACCUGGGACUCUACAUUUCCGUUAAGCCUUAAAUUGUCCUCUUUUGUACAGUUAUUUUUUAAAAAUAAAAGCACGGAGGAAGA